AUGUUAUCAAAGAAGCUUGGAAGCCAAAAAAUAAACCCUGCCCUAGUGGAAUCUUGGCCCUCGGUCUUUUCAGGGCUUGAAAUUAUUGCUAAUCACAUCACAUUUAGCCACAGAGAUGGUGGUGGAUCUCCUUCCCUUUUGGAUCUUCUGGUCAGUCUGGGAAGAAACCAUCAUGCAACAUUGGCCUUGGCAGAUCUCAAUGCAGAGCUUGAUUAUUCACCUGGAGCAAUGGUCUAUAUUGUGCUGGAGCACUUUGUUGGUCCUUGGGGUAAUGGAGAAUGGGCUUCAGCCUCAGCUUGUGCACUGCGCCCCUUACUCGAGUAUUAUCCCUUAUUUCAGGAAGGCAAGACUAAUGCAUCCGAGAGUUGGGUGGGUAGCAUAGCAGAUCCGGAUGACUUCUGGAUGCAGGAUAAGUAUUGUAAGGCUAAUCCGGAGAAGUCCAGACUAGAAACUAGUGGUAGUGACUGUCGUAGACAGAGGUGGAUGCGGUUAGACUAUAGGAAUCAAUCCUAA